GCGGGAAUUCCUUUUGCUUGCAGGUAAGGUGUAGAAAGUGAUCCUUCCAAUGUGCUCCUGUGUGGCCCAGCGUACUUAAAUGGGAAUGGAAAAUAUGUAUUUAUGCUAUUUCUUGCUUCAGGAGGAUGUUGUUUUAAUAAUGGAAUGCAACUGCUUUUUGAUUCUCCAUUAACGUCUUUUAAUUGUUUUUUUGCCAACAAGUGUGCAAUGAUAGCAAGAAUUCCUUACCUUACAACUCUGUUUAAUAUGUGGAGUGAAUGAACUCCUGUCUGGUAUCUCUGUGGAAUUUCUUGAAUGGGCAAGUAUGACUGUAUUGCCUGGUAUGUAUGUGAGUCUUAGAUGAGUGUAGCUGAAAGUAAACACAGCCCUGUGCUUGUGAUCCAGUUAUGUGGCAAGAUAGCAAAGGUGUCAGCUGUGUGAUGACUUCACACGGGCGGGGACUGUAGGUGUCCUUUUGAUACACAGAUUCACAAUUUGCAAAUUAUCUCUGAUGAAAUUGUCUUCAUUGCCAAUGGGACAAGAUUGCAUGAGGAAUGUUUUAAGGGAUCUACCCUUACCUUAUAUUCUUCCUGUCAUUUUUGAAAAGAGAAAUCAUGUGUGAUGAAGACAAAUCCCAGUACCAGGGUAGCACAUGAGAAAUUCAACAAACCCAAGAUUUCUCUUUGCUCUUUACAAACAGAUGCAGCAGAAAAUAUUUAAGCAGUCACGAGUUUAGUGUUAAUAGUCUAAGAGUUAUUACUGCUUUCCUUUUUAGUAAUGCUUUAGUUUUUCAAAGAGUCAUUUGCCCUGAGUGUUUUUUCUUUGAUGAUGACUUAUUUUUUUCCAGCACUGAACAACAGUGCUUUGAUCCUGGAGUGACUGGUGUAUAUUAGGUUGCAAGCAUAGUUCCUUUUCAGUCACUUUACAAUUAUGGAUAUAUCCUUGUAGAACUGAAAGCUAAAGAAAAAGACUUUUUCUCUCCCUAAAGUAUUUUAUCCAGAUGGUUAUUCAUAAAUGUAGUUAAAUGUAGUUAAAAAUCUGCUGUCUCUCUUCAAAAAUGAAUUGAUCUGUAUAAAUACUUCUAAUUAGUAUGCCCUGACAUCAUCUGCAGGUUACAGUGUAGGUGUUCACAUAUUCUCUAAUAGUAAAAGAAAGAUUUCAUUCUACCGUUUAUGCUUCGUGAACAUGAUGUUUGAAUGCCUCAGGAUAGUAAAACAAUGAAUAGAAUUAAAUGAAUCACCAAUGUGGCUGGUAAUUUUCUCUUAAAACUGACUGAUGAUUAAGAUAAUAAAGCUAUUACCAAGCCAAGAAAGAAAGUUCUGGAAGGAUAGAUAGGCAAUUAACAAGGAGCCCAUAUGGAUUUAGAAAAGGGAGUUAAUGAGUGUUAAAAUGAUGGUUUGGAAGUGAGUUGUGUCAGACUGAAACGAAGAGUUUCCAAAAGCCAAUCUGAGUUAGUUUUCGCAACAGAAAUAGCAAGAAAUAGGAAGAAAAGUGGGCAAAGCUCAGUGUGAAGCUAGUCCAUGAAGAAAAAAAAUUUCAUUCUUUUUUGAAUGUGAACAAAGAUGCUGGACCAUGGGUACACAGGCUGAAAAACCCAUGGGGUUUAUAAAAUGGAAACUGUGUGAGGAAGUGUUUGUUCUGCCUUCUCCCUCUGGCUCUGGUUGGAGCUAAGGAGAAGACCAUGUGUUGCAGGUACAGUGGGGCUCAUCCAAUGUGCUCUGGCCAUGGACUGUAGACCACCUUUAAGCUCCUGUCCUCAGGACAGGUUGGCAUUGGUGAUUCCUGGAAUUGCUGAGCAGCCACUGGUGUAUUCUACUGUCAGUAUGGAAGAAUUAGGAGUUAGGAGUCAGGAUAGAUCAUGCUAGGUUAAGUUGAUAUUUCUAUGCCAAAACAAAUGUUUUCUGAAAUGAGAAAGGCAGGAAAGUUCUCUUUGUUUUCCUCUGACACUGCUAAGCUUGCCAUCUCCCACCAGCUGCCUCUUUCCUCCUCAACCCCUGUGGAGCAUAAGGAUUUUUGGUAUGUGGAUUGCCAGUAUUCGGAGGUACUGAAUGGCCUCUUGAGGUUAAGAGCUGUCUGGUCAGGGACAUAGAAAAUUAGAGGAUGAACAGAAAUGAUAGGAAACCUAAACCACAUUUGAAUUCUAGGAAACUUUUCUAGAGGAUACAAACAUAUAAAUAGCCUUGUCAUUAGUAUGCAUGUUUCAUGUCACCUUUGGGUUUGUCCAACAUGACUAUGCUAGAUUUACUUAGAUUUAGCAACUUUUCAUCACAAAGUCUUUGAGUUAAACUGUAUUUUUUAUGUAGUGCAGAGUGAUAAUAAUAGGUUCCACAUUAGUAUGCACACAUUUUUCAUGAGCAGUUAGUAGACAGAUGCCUACUUUAAUGUUCUUAAAACCUCUUUUUCUUUUUUGCUGAAGCAGCUUGUAUCUCUUAUAGACACUGACCUUGCACCUCUGGCAGAAACACCAGCUGCACUCAGCAGCCUGCAUCGUUGUGUCUACAUGGCUGUGGUUGUAUCUGUGUUGUAGGAUCACAUGGGAUCGUUGAGUGUGCACUAGCCCCAGCCUGCCUGCCCGCUGCUUGCAUUUCCUGAGGCGUGGGAGAUGGAUGCUCACCAGAACCCCAAGUGUUGUUGCCCAAGUGUUGCUUUUUCUAAGCAUAGUUCUUGUCAUUGCUAUUGCAGUGAUUCAGAUAAAUCAGCAACAGAUCCUCUCCCCAGGGCUUAAGUAUGGAAUAGUCCUUGAUGCUGGAUCCUCUCGAACUACAGUCUAUGUCUAUGAAUGGCCAGCAGAAAAAGAAAAUGACACAGGAGUAGUAACCCAGACCUUCAAGUGCAAUGUGAAAGGCCCUGGUAUAUCCAGCUAUGAGAGUAGCCCUGGAGCUCUUGCCAAGCCCUUUGAUGACUGUCUGAAUAAAGUCAAAGAGAGAAUACCAGCUCAUCUGCAUAAAAACACUUCUGUUUAUCUGGGGGCUACAGCUGGCAUGAGACUGCUGAGGUUGCAAAAUGAAUCGGCAGCCAAUGAAGUCCUUGCAAGCAUUCAAAACUACUUCAGAGCACAACCUUUUGAAUUUAGGGGUGCGCAAAUCAUAACUGGGCCAGAGGAAGGGGUGUAUGGAUGGAUAACGGCCAACUAUUUAAUGGGAAAUUUCUUAGAGAGAAAUCUUUGGAGAACAUGGAUCCAUCCUUACACAAAAGAAACUGUGGGUGCACUGGAUCUUGGAGGAGCUUCUACUCAAAUUUCAUUUAUCCCAGAGGACUCUCAGGAGCACUUCAAUAGCACUUUGCAAGUGAGGUUGUAUGGUUAUAACUACAAUGUCUACACUCACAGCUACCAAUGCUAUGGGAGAGAUGAAGCUGAGAAAAGGCUUUUAGCGUUGCUGCUCCAGAAAUCAAAUGCCAGUUCCAGUGUGGAUAAUCCAUGUUACCCUCAAAAUUAUAAUACAUCAUUAAUGAUGAAGUACUUCUCUGGCAGCCUUUGUACACAAUCUCUGAGACCAGCAAAUUACUACCCAAACCAGCCCGUGAAUUUCCAUGGAACAGGAGACCCAGGUCUGUGCCGCGAGAUGGUUUCUUUAUUGUUUAACUCCACUGCUUGCAGAGACAGAGAAGACUGUCCUUUUAAUGGAAUACAUCAGCCAAAAGCUAAAGGGAAUUUUGUGGCUUUCUCUGGAUUCUACUAUACAAUUAAUGCUUUGAAUUUAUCUGGGCACUUUUCCCUGGAUGACUUCAACUCAAGUAUGUGGUUUUUCUGUUCACAGAGCUGGACACAGCUCCAGUUUAUGCUGCCUAAAUUUGAAGAAAUAUAUGCUAGAUCCUACUGUUUCUCAGCAAAUUUCAUUUAUUACUUGCUUGUACAUGCUUACAACUUUAAUGCAGAAACUUGGCCGCAGAUACAUUUUCAAAAGCAGGUUGGUAAUAGCAGCAUAGCAUGGUCACUUGGUUACAUGUUAAGCCUCACGAACAUGAUUCCAGCAGAAGGCAAGCUGAUCCAAUUACCCCUGAAGCCUCCUUUGUUUGCUGGGCUCCUCAUCUUCCUCACAGCUACGGCACUGUUGUGUCUCCUCUUCCUUGUUUACUUGUGUUUUGUAUCACAUAAUCGGAAGAACAUCACUCGUGUUGAGCAUGUAUUUAUCCCAGAAUGAAUGAACUUUACUGAAGGCAAAGCAAAAAUUUUAUAAUGCUAUUAAGUUAAGUAGGACUUCAUUUUGCCCUCCAUUUUUCAAAAAUAAAGACAAGAAAAACAGCUUCAGGACCAGAAGCAUAAAUAGAGAAGAGACACAAAGGAAUCUGUGAUAUGGUGAACUGAAGUGCUUUUGAAAUAUUUUGGCAAUUGUUUCUGUAAACUUAAUUUGUCCGGUGUGCAGCAGAGAAAAAGUGGGCAGAUGUGUCACUUUGCUUUAUAAGGGAUUACUAGCCUUUUUCUGCCAGGUAUGUAUCAUUUUUUUGUUCAUUAACUCUGUGCUAACUGGUAAAGUCAAGUGGUGAUGGAUUUUAUCACAGCAUCAGUUGUUUAAGAUAAAAUUAAGUCAGUAGAAAUUGUAGGAGGUGGUAACAUGGUAGCUGUCCUUGUGUGCAGCGCUGACACUAAAAGCCCUGAAGUAAUCUAAUUUCUGAAACUGGAACAAGCACUGGAUGAUGACAAGAAUUGAAAGGAACAACUGUGACAGAAUUGUUUUUAUUGCUGUUCCAAACAGAUUGAUCCCCAUCACCAGAAUACUUCUGCUAUUGUACAUAAGAUUUGCUUUGAAGGUGGAACAAAAUGCUUUCAUGCUUUAGUAACUGAACCUAAAUUUAAAUGUCUCAUAGUUACUUCCAGAAGCCAGUGGAGUUUUCAAUGUCCUUUUCUCUCUGACUUUCACAGAAAUGCUUUUGGUAUGAUCUCAUACUGAAACAUUGACCUGUAUUCCUCACAUAUUGUCUGUCUCAGACAGUCGCAGUCCAUACUGAUUUGUCAUGUACGUAUUAUUUCAGCUGUCUGGAUAGAGUGUCAGAUCUGGAACCUUCCAAAGUAUUAACAUGUUAAACCCUUCAUUCAAGGCCAAGACAAACAGGAGCCACUCUGCAAGCCAGCAGAACACCUUUUCUGUAGUGGGUUUAGGAACACGUUUCUGAAGCUGCAGCCAUGGCUGUCUACUGUCCUGGCCUCAGUGUUCCUCUAGCAGCAUUGGGAUCCAUCUAGCAGAUGGUUCUGCCAAACAUAUUAACUUCAGAGCUUUUCUAGAAGUGCUGCUGCCUUCAUACAUCAAGCAGCUGGCUUCCUGGAAAGCCCAGGCAUUCUUGACGACAAAAUCCACUAAAUCAUAAGACUACAAUUUUAGUCACUGCUUGAUUAAUUCUUCAUGGUCCUUUACCUGCCUGUUGUUUAUAGAGCCUUGGUGGUCUUCAGCUGGCUUCUGAAGUAACCCUUGAGAAAGUCUCCUGUCACAUUCUCUGCCAUCUCUUCCUUUUGUACACUGUUUCUUUAAUUCCUUUUAAUAUUGCCAUAACAUGAUCUGUGAAGCUGCAAGGGGAACAGAACCAUAUAAUGGUUUGGGUUGGCACAUAAUGUGUUUUCUGUCUCAGUUUCAUCUAUUCUCCAUAUUGAUUGUGAGAUAGGAGAACAGUGGCCAGUAUUUUUACCCAUGAAUUAUGUUUUCAAUUUCUGUCUUCUGUUUCUGUAUCAGCUUCUUACUUACGUUUGGUUGUGGGGUUGGGGUUUUGUUUUCUUUUGGGGUUUUUUCAUAGGCUGACAGAUGAUUCGAAGGGAACGAAAUAUCUUUUAAAUGGAAAAAAGAAGAAAGUUAGUGAUUUUUCAAGUGGAUCAUUAGUGAAGGCUUUGUCCCUUCUCUGUUGGUAUACUGCUAAGUCCUGUCAGUCCAGUUACUGGAGUAACAGUAUUUAAAAUAAGGCAGAAGGUAUUAUAAGAUGAUGAAGUGCUCUGUGGCAUCAGAGUUACAUCUUAUAAAGUAUAAAAUUUACUUCGCAAUGCAAGGACAUUACAGAGGCUGGCAUGAGAUAAGGCUUUAUCUUCUGUAUUAUGGAUUUGUAACUGCAGCUAGAGGGUAAAAAUAAAAAGCAGACAGCUGGAUGAGAGCAUUAAAAUGUUUUCUGCAGUUGCCAAAUUUUUGUUAAAAAACUAUAUUCUGGAAUAUUUACUUGCUCUACAAAACUUUUGCUUUGUGAAUGGCAAGGACAUUCAGAUGUGGUUUUACAUAAGUGGAACACUCUUGGAAGUUAGUCUGUUUAGAGCUGGCAGCUAAAGAACAAGUAAAUUUGGUCAAAAAUCAUUUGGACUUCUAGAUAUACUGGGAUAGACACCCAGUAUCUGUUCAAAGAAUGCCUUCCCUCCAUGAAUCUCCUGUUUUGCUUUUAUAGUAGUUCCCUCUUCUCCUUAUGUGUAUAGUCUCCCUCAUGUGUCACCAGGAUACCCACCUUCUCCAUCUUUCCCAGCUGAAAAUGAUAGGAAAGGUGAGCUGAAACUGUUGAACUUCAGCCAGGUAGGCCUCAGUGAUCACAUCUAACUCUUGCCACACGGGUGAGUUGGAACCAGAUCAGCAGGUGUAAUAAUUGUCCUGCCAUUGAGAACUGACCAGGUCUCUGGGAGAGACAGAGAAGUUAACAGUACUUGGGAAUGUGUACAGACCAUAGAUUAUUUAUCUUUUUAUACUCUUUAGUGCCUGCUUAUGAAGAUUAAUAAAAAUAAAUUAUGAAAAGUUAA